AUGCUCAAUAUUAUGUCCCGGUUCCCAGGGCCCGCCGGGAUCCUGCCCCAGCAGCACGCUGGGAAGCUCCUGGAGGAGAUCCUCGUUUCUGCUCCCCAAACUCCGGCUCACGGGGCUGUGCCGAAGCCACGGAUGGAGGGACUGCCCCGCUCCUCUCCGCCCACGGAAGACGAUUUUGGGAAAGGCCCCUGGCUUGCCAUGAAGACGGAGCUGGGGCUGGAUGAGAGGGACCCCGGCUGCUUCCUCAGGACCUACAGCGUGGUCAUGGUGCUGCGGAAGGCAGCCUUGAAGCAGCUCCCGAAGAACAAGGUCCCCAGCAUGGCGGUGAUGAUCAAGACCCUGACCAGGACCAACGUUGAUGCUGGUGCCGUGUUCAGGGACCCGACCGGAGAGAUGCAGGGCACGGUGCAUCGCCUGCUGCUGGAAGAGAGACAGAGCGAGCUCAGGCCUGGCUCGGUGCUGCUCCUGAAGCAGGUGGGCGUCUUCUCUCCAUCCCACCGCAACCACUACCUCAAUGUCACCCCCAACAACCUGCUCAAGAUCUACGCGCCGGAACCUGAGGGCAGCUUCUCACAGCCGUCACCAGCACAGCAGGAGGUCCCUGCCCAGGCCGGGCUACUCCAGGACCACCCUGCACAGUGCCCCCAGGGCGUCCCUACCCCUGGGGACUCGGGACUGGGGAGGACGGGCAGCCACAGCACAGAGCAGUCUCCUGGGGGCUUCUCCCUGUGCCCACAGAGCCCCAGGCCCGGGCAAGAAGAGCUGGUGGGAGCUGACGGCUGUGACAUGGGUGAGUUGGACCCGCACUGGGCGGGGAGGAAAAGCUCGAUGCAGGCCGGUGCCUCUCGGUUCCCAAACCUGCAUUAA